AAAAUCAUCGAGUUUCAACGCGCAUGUCAAUUGUGACGUAGGGCUUGUGCAUCCCCCCAUUGAAAAAACUCGGUCCGGCUCGAAGGACCACACACAAAAUUCGGUGUGUUUUUUUUGUUCGGUUGUAUUUGGUGUUUUGUGUUGAUUUAGUGUCUCACCGAGGGGCCGAUUCUCAUCUGAAACUGAUGAUUUCAUCUCUUCUACUUCACUGACAACUCUCUAUAAAGGCGUUUUAAAUAUUUGUCUUUUUUUGGGACCGCCACCGCUGCGCAAACCGUCUAUAAAUUAAAUACCAUGGAUCGUUCUUGACAUCCGCCCAGAAAAACUACUGGGACUGGCGCAACUCGAUCAGAAUGUCCCGCCUAUCGCAGUUCUACACCGUCGAGGUGGGCGACACCAAGUUCACCAUAUUGAAACGGUAUCAGAACCUCAAACCGAUCGGCUCCGGAGCACAGGGAAUCGUUUGCGCUGCUGUCGAUACGGUGACUCAGCAAAAUGUUGCCAUCAAGAAACUCAGUAGGCCGUUCCAAAAUGUGACUCACGCCAAACGAGCUUACCGUGAGUUUAAGCUCAUGAAAUUGGUUAACCACAAAAAUAUUAUUGGUCUCUUGAACGCGUUCACACCUCAAAGAUCACUCGAAGAAUUCCAAGAUGUCUACCUGGUGAUGGAACUAAUGGACGCCAACUUGUGCCAGGUGAUCCAAAUGGACUUAGACCACGAACGCAUGAGCUAUUUGCUCUACCAAAUGCUAUGCGGCAUUAAACAUUUACACUCGGCCGGAAUAAUACAUCGUGACCUGAAACCAAGCAACAUUGUAGUCAAAUCCGAUUGCACGUUGAAAAUUUUGGAUUUCGGCCUGGCUCGGACGGCCGGUACGACUUUUAUGAUGACGCCGUAUGUGGUUACGCGGUACUAUAGAGCGCCCGAAGUUAUUUUGGGCAUGGGCUAUACGGAAAACGUGGAUAUAUGGUCGGUGGGCUGUAUUAUGGGCGAAAUGAUUCGCGGCGGGGUAUUAUUCCCCGGUACCGAUCAUAUUGAUCAGUGGAAUAAGAUUAUUGAACAAUUGGGUACUCCGUCUCAACAAUUCAUGGUCAGGCUCCAGCCCACGGUGCGAAAUUAUGUAGAAAACAGGCCGAGGUAUCCUGGAUUUUCAUUUGAAAAAUUAUUCCCCGACGUUUUGUUCCCUUCGGACAGUAACGAACAUAAUAGGCUUAAGGCUGGCCAGGCUCGUGAUUUACUAUCAAAAAUGCUAGUGAUCGAUCCGCAAAGCCGGAUAUCGGUGGACGAGGCCCUUUUGCACCCGUACAUUAAUGUGUGGUACGACGAACAAGAAGUAAACGCGCCUGCGCCAGGCCCGUACGACCACAGCGUAGACGAACGCGAACACACUGUGGAACAAUGGAAAGAGCUCAUCUACCAGGAAGUUAUGGAAUAUGAAAGUUCUCACGGUAGAGGGGGCUCGCAACAGCCGAGUCCGGCCGCUCCUAACAAUUCAGAGCCUAAUGGUUACUGAUGAGUACCGACAUGCGCACAACAAUCCGUUAGAUUAGUUUAAGAUGCAAACAAACAUAUAAGAGGAAUAAGUUACUUUUAAAUAGCAUUAAGGGUUGGUUUUUAGUCAAUGACAGGUGUAAAAUGCAUUUAACAUCAUAAUGCUUAUCUUUCAAAGUUUCACUGACUGUUGUUUUUGGCAUCAAGCUAAACCUUUAAUGCGAAAACCAGCCCAAAAGUACAUUGAAAUAUAAACGGGUUUAAGGGUCACAUUAUCCAUUGUCAGUUAGUUAAAAGGAUAACAUGACUCUAAGGGCAAGUUCCAUUAGUAUAGUUGUCAUCAAAUAUGUGCAAUCAAUAGUUAACUGUCGGAUAAAAGAAAAACCUACCCUUAUAAUUUAGAGGAGGAUUCACUUCGAUUUGGCAACAGCGCGUAAUGUGAUUUUACCGUGAUUUGCAUGUGCAAUAUAUAUUUUAGCUAUAAAACUAGUGCAAAACAGGACAAUGACGUAAUUUUAAUUGUGUGAUAAUCGAUUUUAUUUUAUUUAUUUUUCUGUUGUUAAUGAAUAUAUAGAACUUUGUGGUGGCUAGAAGGAGACAACAAAUAAUACUCAAAUUUUUUGUCUCUGUCUCUUUUGCCGCCAAAAAAAACAAUGGUAAUUUUAGGAAAAAUCAAAUAGCAGAAUAGUUUGUAGUGCAUUUUUUGUUUUGAGGUUGACUCGAUUUAAGUAUGAUGCCAAGAUUGACAGAUUGACAAUUGACAGUAGUAAAUCGAGUUGACAAAAAGAUUAUAUUUUUUGUUUUUAUAGUCCUAAGGUCUGUUCCCACAGGAGUUUCUGAAAGUUUGCAACAAUCGCUCAGCUGAGUUACAGAUUUAUCUUGUAAACAUGUAUGGGCGAUGCUUACUGACAGUUUGCAAACUGUCAGAGACUCCUGUGGGAACAGACCUCUUGUCUUAUAAUAGGAGUAAUAUUUAAAAGUUAAAGUAGCGAAACCCGAUUUAAAUACAGCACAAUUUAGUAGUUAUAAUAACAAAAGUGUAAAUGGUGUUAAAAUUAUUAUUAUGUACGCAUCCAUCCGAUCCAUAUUGAGUAAACUUUCUGUAAAAAAAAAAUGUGACAAAAAGUUAGGUUAGAGAGUAAUAAUUUUUAUAAUAGGCAACUCGCACACAACUAGGAAUCAGGGAGAGUGUGCAGCUUUAUGUAAAAAAAAACAGGCGGGAUUGUUGCCGCCUCUUCUAAAUAUUACUUAAAGGUCUGUUGUCACAAUUGUUGUGUGAACAGACCUUUAGUUAUAAUAAAAUAAUUUCUGGUAUUAAAAGCAGCUUAUUAUUUCUCUACUAAUCACUCACUCUCUCUCUCUCUAUCUCAAGACACUGUUUGGAGUGUCAGUUUGUAAAAAGUUGACUGUGUAAAUAUUAACUCAAGUGAGGUACGAUUAAUAUUAUUAUUAAACGAUAACGUAAUAAUUAGUUUCGUAGGUUAUGAACACCCAGACGCUUUUAUUAUGUUUGUGGAUUAUUUUUAAAUAUAUCCUAUUCGCAAUUUGUAGUUCAAAGGUGCAGAUAAAUCUAUCACCUUUCCCUAUCAAAUAGCAUUGAAAGGUGAUAAAUUUUACCUGUACCUUUGGACUACAGAUUGUGAAUAGAUAGGUAAUAUAUUUUUUCUUUGUUAUUUCAAUGGCCCUUGCGGAAACUUUGGAAAAUGUACCAAGGGUUUUUUGAGGUGCCUCCAUUUUACUUAUAGCCUUUCAGUGCUUGUGUUCUUCUUGCUUUGUAAAUAAAGGAUACUGAAAAAUUAA